AUGUCAGGUACACAACCCGUUAUUCUACUAUCACCAGCACCACCCAUGCUAGAAAACGACGACUAUGACAAACUGCCUUCGCCAUCGCCCUCAUUAACAUCCAGCUCACAUAAACCAUUUGCAUCUCUCACUCGAAAGCUAUCCAACUUGUCUUUACGAUCUUCUCCUCCCUCUCCACGGCCGGGUACAUUGGAUUCCAAUUUCUUGUUGCUACCGGAUGAAACGCCCAUCAUCAGCUCAAACAUACUGACCACACCUACCAUCAGUAGCAGUAGCAGUAGCAGCCUAUACCUUCCACCUUCACCGUCGUCUGCCUGCUCCACUCCCACAUCUGAACGUGCACAGCCAUCUUGUUUGCAAGAUAAAUACAAAAACCAUCGCAAGGGAAAGACAAUUGGCCGUGGAGCUACUGCCAAGCUUCGAUUAUUGACGGAUGAAAACGAUGGGAAAGUAGUUGCUAUCAAAACAUUUCGCAAACGAGAUGGACAAGAAAGCCGAAAAGGCUAUGACAAGCGAAUGACAAGCGAAUUUUGUAUAUCAAAGACACUGGGUCAUCGGCAUGUGAUUCAAGUCUAUGAUUUGCUCAAGGAUAAGAAAGGUCGAUGGUGUGCAGUAAUGGAAUAUUGUGCAGGAGGUGACGUUUUCUCCAUAUUACAGCAGUUUGAUCUUACAGACGCAGAGAUUGAUUGCUUGUUUAAGCAGCUGUUACUAGGCGUACAGCAUAUACACGCAAGCGGUGUGGCGCAUCGUGACAUUAAGCCUGAAAACCUUGUCAUGACAACAGAAGGUAUUCUCAAAAUUGCUGAUUUUGGAGUUGCCGAUGUAGUGCAAUCCUGCUUUGAUGUAGAACCUCGUUUAUCGCAGGGACACUGUGGAUCCGAACCUUACUGGUCACCCGAGCUAUUUGAAAAUGACGAAUAUGAUGGUCGAGCAUUGGAUGUCUGGAGCUGUGCAGUAACUUGGCAUUGCCUUAUUUACCGACAAAUACCCUUUUUCAAGGCAUGCAAAGAAGAUCCACAGUAUGUCAUCUACACAACAUCUCCUAAAGACGGUUGGCUGCCAUUAUCCAAAUGCAAUCAAGAUGAGAAAGAGUGUCUAUAUGGCAUGUUUGAUCCCAACCCUGUUACACGUUGGACAGUUGAUCAAUGUGUAGCGUCAAAUUGGAUCCAAUCCAUUCAUGUCUGCUACAAAUCAUUCGAUAAACAUGUACACCAUUUGAAAUAA